GCUGGCAACGCUAUAAAAGAUGUCGCAGUCAGAACAGGGCGGCAGUGCGCAGUGCGAGAAAGACAUGUCAACGUCCAAGAGCAGCUCGAUGUUGCGCCUGAAUCAGGAGGGUCGUCGCGGCUCCGCUGACUGGCAGGAUCACGGCGAUACCGACUCGGAGGUCAGCGAGAACGACUUCCUCACCAAGGGCGCUUUCCUGCUCACCCCUAGCCACGAGCUGAGCAUGGAGAAGGCAGCGACCAUCUGCGAGAAGAUGAACUUCCGGGGUGCAUUUUCUUUGACGAAAACCGCCACCGGCAUCCUCUUCAAAUUCAGCAACAUCGAGGAUUUUCAGGCAGUAUACAAAAAAGGUUUCCAUAAAGUGACGGGUGCUCGCUUUUACAAGAAGGUUGCUAUACCGUGUAGACCAGCGAAGAUCUUCACCGUCUACGUUCUAGAUGUGCCCGAGGAGCUCCCGGAGGACGAUAUUAGGCACGCUCUCUACAAAUAUCGAUCUAUCGUCGAAGUAACCAGGCUACCCCUGAAUACGGGAACUGUUUUGAAGGCCAUCAAUGACAAGCUAAAGAGCGACGCGCAGAGUCUGAACGAGCCGGCGACGAUUUAUACGGGGCCACCCGUUAUAAGGGUUACCCUGGCCAGCGUGGAGGAGACCUCGAUGCUGCUGAGCCGUGGUUUGGAUUUUUAUGGGGCCACAUAUUUCCCCACCGAAACGCCCCAUCCAGCCGCUCAACCCCUCGCCAAAUACAAAAACAACAGAUGGAUCGAGCUAGCGUCGAUCGGCACAGGACAAAGAGUGAGGGACCUACUUCCGGUCUUUGACAACGCGGGCUUCAACAAAUUGCCACCUCCGGCGAGCCGUGUAAUAAAACCGCAAAGAAACUGACACGUCCCCCAGCCAGCACCCCGAAUUCUUCGGCCGCCACCACCGUCACCGCGAUCGAUAGCAGCGGCGAAUCGAGGGAGGACGCCACCGCGAGGAGGACGCUACGACCCGACGAUAACGACGACGACGAUGCUAACGCAGGCUACCUCGAUCGAAAUUCGGACAGUGACACUUCCAGGUCCCGUUCCUAGCAAUAUCAGCACGUCUCUAGCCCUCCACCAGCCUCAACUUUUAAGAAAACGAGGUCAGACAUAUAUUUUUAAGAUAAUACAUAAGGAGC